AUGCACAUGAUGAUGGAAAUGUUCUUCCAUUUCCGAAUCGAAGAGCCGAUUCUAUUCCGAGAAUGGAAGCCAAUGAACACAACGGCUUAUGUUUUCUCAUGUAUUGGAAUCUUUUUAAUAGCUUUUGCGCUGGAAGUGUUGAAGUUUGGAAGAAUGCGAUUGGUGGGGAAGAAGGUCGAGGAGGAGAAAAAAGUCGAUUGUUGCUGUUCCACAGAAGAAGAUGGACUCUGGAAUAUUCCGGAAACAAGACCACUGAAUGCUAAAACUGUGAAUUUGGCACCAUUCACUCGUGAUUCUCUUCUCGUCAAAAGUCACUUUGCCUCUUCAAUUUUGAUUUUCAUUCAACACUUUGUCGACUAUUCCUUAAUGCUUGUCUCCAUGACUUACAAUUGGCCAAUAUUUCUGUCACUUCUUGCAGGUCACGCAACUGGAUACUUCUUUCUGGGACCAAUGAUGACAGUAGAGGAAAGUGAAGCGGCUGGCAGUUGUUGUUCAUAA